AUGACGUCGGAUGAGGCCCCAGCAUCGGGCCGUGGCAUCCAGUGGACGGGAGACGGCGACUCUCCGGCACAGGACGAGUCAGUGCUGCAGCAGGAAAGAGAAAAGCAUCGAAGAAGAGCUGAGAAGUUCGGGGUGGACUUCGUCGAGCCUGGGCAUCGGCAAGAACUGAGGCUGGCGUCAAAGAAGGAAAGGUUGCAGCGCCCCGGCUUUGCCACAGGCGUUGAUCUCUUCACCGAGGAGGAGAUUGCCAAGCGGGAGCAACGGGCAGGUCGGUUCGGGAUGUCUGACACGGGCCUGAAGUGGGAGCCCCCCGCCAAGGACGAGGCAGAGGAGAAGCGGGCGCAGCGCGCCGCACGAUUUGGCACCGAGUACAAGCCCGCCGAUGCCCUCAUGGACGUCGACCUGCUGGAGGUUCGGGCAGAGCCAUCGCUCCACACCGCCCUGCGACGAGAGGCUGUGUAUGUGUACGGCGUGGACCUGCUGUCCACCGCUGACAUCCUGCGGCACUUUGCAGACUAUGGCCCCACCUUUGUGGAGUGGAUCAACGACUCCUCUUGCAACGUCCUCUUCGCCGACGGGCCGAGCGCGAAGCGAGCCCUGGCAGGCCUCGGGAAGGCCCUCCCCCCCGCUGAAGGCUCUGAGCUCCAAGGUCUGGACGCCGCAGACCCCUCCAACAUGGAAUACUUGUGGCACAAGACCGCGGAGGAGGUGCGCGGCGCCACCUCCGACCUCCUCAUGCGCAUCGCCAACGUGGACGACGUGCGGCCGGAGGGCAAGGUGCAGUCGCGCAGGCUGUGGCAGGCAGGCCAGCGCGGCAGGGGCCAGGGCGGGCGGGGCGCCCAGGCCCGGAAGCGGCAGAGGGACGGCGACGAGGAAAUGGCGGAUGCUAGGGAGGGGGGCGAGCAGGGGGUGAGUCGCGGCUGGGGCGUGGCUGAAGAGGACCCGGGGCGGCGACGGGGAAGGGACAGGAGGCCGCGUGCCGUGCCGGCGGGCAUCCCCGCAGCCAUCUUCUCCAAGGCGCUGGGAGGCAUCGCGGCGGAAGCCGCGGAGCGAAAACCAGCCACGGCGCAUGCCCCCGCGCCGGCCCGGGAGGCGGUCACCUACGGCGACGUCUAG